UUUGCUCUGUGCGAAAGCAAAGCCUUAUCCACGCCCCAAACCCUAUCCCUUGCCACCACGAUCAUCUCGCCCUCGCAAAUUAUUGCAGUUAUCUCUCCUCCUAAAUCCUCCCGCAGGCGUAGCACCAUGUCCACAAUCGGCUCUUUGGGUGCUGCUACUUGUCUCCAUGCCGACAAGGCCUCUGCUGAAAAGUUCUCCAAGUUCUCUUCACUUGCUUCCAUAUCUUCUGGUUCAUCGAGCAGCAGAAGGCAGAACUUGCUAAUGCAGAAGAGGUGCAAUUCUAGGAUCAGAGCUAUGGCCAAAGAGUUGUAUUUUAACAAGGAUGGCUCUGCCAUUAAGAAGCUACAGACUGGGGUCAAUAAACUUGCAGACCUUGUUGGAGUUACACUUGGUCCAAAGGGCAGAAAUGUUGUUUUGGAGAGCAAAUAUGGAUCACCAAGAAUCGUUAAUGAUGGUGUUACCGUUGCCAAAGAGGUUGAGUUAGAAGAUCCAGUUGAGAAUAUUGGAGCUAAGUUAGUAAGGCAAGCUGCUGCAAAGACAAAUGACCUUGCUGGUGAUGGGACUACCACCUCUGUUGUUCUUGCUCAAGGUUUAAUUGCUGAAGGUGUUAAGGUGGUUGCAGCGGGUGCCAACCCAGUUCAGAUUACUAGAGGUAUUGAAAAAACAACGAAAGCCCUAGUGGCUGAACUGAAGCUAAUGUCAAAAGAGGUAGAAGACAGUGAGCUAGCUGAUGUAGCUGCUGUAAGUGCUGGAAACAAUUAUGAAAUUGGUAAUAUGAUCGCAGAGGCUAUGAGUAAGGUGGGUAGGAAGGGAGUUGUGACACUAGAAGAAGGGAAGAGUGCUGAGAAUAAUUUGUAUGUCGUUGAAGGAAUGCAAUUCGAUCGUGGCUACAUCUCCCCAUAUUUUGUAACAGAUAGUGAGAAAAUGUCGGUUGAAUAUGAAAAUUGCAAGUUGCUUCUUGUGGACAAGAAGAUUACAAAUGCAAGGGAUCUCAUCAAUGUCUUAGAAGAUGCCAUAAGAGGGGGAUAUCCUGUUGUAAUAAUUGCUGAAGACAUUGAACAGGAAGCUCUUGCAACCCUUGUUGUGAACAAACUCAGAGGUUCAUUGAAGAUUGCUGCACUCAAGGCUCCAGGUUUCGGAGAGCGGAAGAGUCAAUACCUGGAUGACAUUGCCAUACUUACUGGAGCCACUGUAAUCAGAGACGAGGUGGGUCUUUCCUUGGACAAGGCUGGAAAAGAGGUAUUAGGUACUGCUGCUAAAGUUGUGCUAACAAAGGAGACCACAACUAUCGUUGGUGAUGGUAGCACACAGGAAGAAGUAACUAAACGGGUUGCACAGAUACAUAAUCUAAUUGAGGCUUCUGAGCAGGAAUAUGAAAAGGAGAAGCUAAAUGAGAGGGUUGCCAAACUUUCUGGUGGUGUUGCUGUCAUUCAGGUUGGGGCACAGACAGAGACUGAAUUGAAGGAGAAGAAACUAAGAGUUGAAGAUGCUUUGAAUGCUACAAAGGCUGCUGUCGAGGAAGGUAUAGUUGUUGGAGGUGGCUGCACACUUUUGAGACUGGCAUCGAAGGUUGAUGCCAUCAAGGAGACUCUUGAAAAUGAUGAGCAAAAGGUCGGAGCAGAUAUAGUAAGGAGGGCACUUAGUUAUCCAUUGAAAUUGAUUGCAAAAAAUGCUGGAGUGAAUGGGAGUGUUGUCGUCGAGAAGGUGCUUUCAAAUGGUGACUUUAAAUAUGGUUACAAUGCUGCAACUGGAAAUUAUGAAGAUCUAAUGGCUGCUGGAAUUAUUGACCCUACGAAGGUUGUCAGGUGCUGCUUGGAGCAUGCUGCAUCAGUUUCGAAAACGUUCCUCACCUCCGACGCUGUCGUGGUUGACAUCAAGGAACCUGAGCCUGUGCCUGCUGGGAACCCAAUGGACAACUCAGGAUAUGGCUAUUAACCGCAGCUGCAGAAUGCGACGACGCCGACCAAUAAAGUCACUAGCCUUUGUUUUUGUUAUUUAGGUCUACAUUUGUGUGGAGAUUAUGUGCGAGACCACAGCAUUGCUCUUCUCUCUGCAACGUCAAUGGGAUUUAGCUGAUCACAGCAUUUUUUAUUAUGAGAAACAAGUAUUUGUUGCCAUGAAAUGUACCCAAAAAUCUGUCAUUGACCCGAGUACUCUGUUUGAUGAACGUACCCUUUUUAUGCCUGUUUUGCAUAGCAACAGCUUCCA